AUGGCUUCUACUGCUGCGUUGCAGUGUCUCACCGUAUGCCUGGGAUACGCGUGCAAUGCCUUAUUUCACUCCUCACCCAAAUCAAAUAACAGAUUCCAGGACAACGAAGGAAAAGGAAAGGAUAUACAGUUAGCUAUGGAGAAGUACAGCGGUAAAGCAGGGUCGAUUGGUAAUGGUUCGCCAUCUGUGUCCAUAAUCAAAGAGCCGGAUUGCCCAAACGGUGACAAGUCAAGCCAAACCACCGAAGACCCCAUUGUUCUACCGAAUACUAGUUCAGGAACAUUCAGGGAGUUCAUUACAGAGGGUAAAAACAUGAACAACGCGUUGGGGACCAAUGUCGACAGUCUAUAUGCUCUGAUUGAGCCUGACAUUCCUUCUUUGAUCUCCGAAACUAUUUGGUCGAGAUUAUGCGACCUUGGUGCACUGCAUCUGUACUUCAAGAGUGUCCCGAAGAUGGAUAACAUUCUUUUCGACGCGGCUUUGAGGAUCGCAGCCAAGGCGAAUCUCGGCUGCUGGAAUUUCUACGGCGCUCUCUAUGAACCCUCUGAGGAUCGCAAGACCCUCCAGAAGAUCAUCAAGUCCUCCUCCAGCAAGAUAGCGGGAUCCAAGUUCUAUUUCCCAAAGGAAAGGCCAGACGACGUCGCCCUGCAAAUAUGGAGGAACACCUUGCAGGGAAUACCCUCGAUCACAGAGCUUACCUGGGUCAACUGGCUCCCCAACGGCAGCCACUUAUUCUUUGCGCUCAUCGCCAAGGUGAGGGAGCGCAGUGACUACAGCCUCAUUCGCCAUCGAUGCGAGAAGUUCGGCCUCGACUUCAUCUGUGCAUUCAUGGUUUCAGCCUGGCAGAUACACCAUAUGGCCUGCAUCCUGUUCAAUCGCAAGGGUCCCGAGUCGAGACGCCGUGCUCACUCGCUCACCAAGACCCUCGUUGAUGAAGAUGCCGCGAGCAAGGGCUGGAGCGCGUAUCGAGCUCAUCCAGCACUCAUGGACCAGAUUAUGAAGCUCAACAAGAAGAUCAAAAAUGCUCUGAAUCCAAACGACAUCCUCACAUGGGGCAAGAAUGGUAUCUGGCCCGCUAAUUAUGAGAAAGUGAAGUGGACUCUUAACUAUCUCACAAGUGAAUCACUAAUGACAGGCCCAUUUAGUUAG